GUUUACUUCCGGUGUACACAGAAAGGUUCAGAACGGCUGGUUCUGCAAGAAAAGGUGUUAACGAUGACAGUCCUGAAUCUGUCCUUUGCUGCGUGUGGUUUCCUGGGGAUCUAUCACUUGGGUGCCACGGAGGCCUUUCUCCGGCACGGGCACAAGCUGCUGGGCUCGCUCGGGGCCUGUGCUGGUGCUUCUGCUGGGGCACUGGUGGCUGCUGUAAUGAUCACAGCUCCUGAAAAGUUGGAGCACUGCAAAGACUUCACCUACAGGUUUGCUGACAGUGUGAGGCAGCAGCGGUUUGGGGCCGUCACACCAGGAUACAACUUUAUGCUCACACUCCGGGAGGGGAUGGAAGAGAUUCUCCCCACAGAGGCUCACAGUCUGGCCACUGACCGCCUCUACGUCUCAAUAACAGACUCAGGAAGCGGCACGAACCACCACGUGUCGACGUUCACCUCCAGGGAGGAGCUCAUAAAGGUUCUGUUAGCCAGCUGCUUUGUCCCAGUCUAUGCUGGACUCAAACCAGUAGAGCUCAGAGGAAAGAGAUGGAUUGAUGGAGGAUUCACGGACAGCCUGCCCAUCCUGCCCGUGGGACGAACCAUCACAGUGUCACCCUUUGCUGGACGGCAGGAUGUGUGUCCGAUCCACAGGGGGCGGUUCAAAACUCAACUCAGAUUGGCCAACAUGAACAUAAUGUUUUCCGUGGAGAACCUCAAACGUCUGAAUCAGGCUCUGUUCCCUCCGUCCGCCGGCGCCAUGCGAUCGUUAUGUGAAGAAGGUUUCACGGACGCCGUGAAGUUCUUAAAGAGAGAGGGCUGGAUGAGCUGAGCGUCACAUGGACAAGCGGAGCAUGUGAAGCCUGGAGUGUCUUUACCAGGAACGAAUAAACAUAAUAUUUUCUGUAUUUGUACGGAUUUCCUGGGUGAUUUAAUUCACUCACCCAGGAAACAGACACGAGUAACUGCACCGAUGUUUGCACGCAGUGAUGAUGAAGUGAUUCAGCCUCUUGACUUGGUGCAUGUUUGGAAAGAUGUGAUCACUCAGAUUACUUUGAUCACACAGACGUCCUCAUAUCAUCAUCAUUUCAUUUCUUUUGACUUGAAGCAGAGCGAAAAAUAUCGGAUAU